AUGUAUAGUCCUGGUGAGCAUUGGUACGAUUUCUGGACCAAACAUAUUAUUAACGAUGUGAAAAGCAAAUGCAUUAAUACACCAGGCGUAAGUGCUCUCGAAGGGCAAGUUCGCGCAGUCAAGUACGAUUUCCUGCUGGAUUAUGACGAAAUAUUUUCUGAUUGCCGAGAGCCUCCGGAGAAUUCGCAGAAUAUCCAUAGCCUGGUUGAUUUAAGCGAACUUUCUAUAAGUUUUGAUGGUGAUUCAGUCCAUGUUUCUGGCAACUUUACAUCAAUAUGGGAUGUCGAACCAACAGAUCGCAUUGUGGUAUCAGUAAAAACAUUUCAAUUUAAACGAGGAAAUUGGGAACCAACAUUCUUCAGCUAUAGCAUUGGCGAUUUUUGUUCUAGAAUGUAUGGUCCUGAUGAGUAUUGGUACGAUAUCUGGAGCAAACAUAUUAUUAACGAUGUGAAAAGCAAAUGCAUUAAUACACCAGGCACAUUGCUUAUUCUCGAAGAAUACGAUGUGAAUGCGGUAUUCGAUGUCGGUCUCGCUGGCCCUUCGUUAAGUGGCUUAUUAUCUAUUGUUGUAAAAUUAGAGGCCUUUGAUAAAUCUAACAGGAAGCGGCCAACAACUAUUUGCUUUGAAGUACGAGGUGAAAUGGUCAAGAAAUACAAAUAGUUGUAUGGAAAAUGUCGAAGAAUCUCUUUUAAUAAAUAUUCAUUAUGCGAUGGAGUUCGGAAAUUAUACUGCA